AGCUGCUGGGGCAGCCGCCGCCUCCAAGUCGCGCGCGGGGCGUGGGGCGGUGCUGAGGAGCUGAGGCCGCGGCCAGCUCGACGCCGGGACUGUCCAGCGAGUGCAGCGCGGCGGGAGCCGGCAGUCAGAGUAGCCUCGGAGCAGGACCGCAGUCGCGCCGCCGUUCGCGGAGCCCAGCCGAGCCGGCCAUGGCGUUGUCGAUGCCGCUGAACGGGCUGAAGGAGGAGGACAAAGAGCCCCUCAUCGAGCUCUUCGUUAAGGCCGGCAGUGAUGGGGAAAGCAUAGGAAACUGCCCCUUUUCCCAGAGGCUCUUCAUGAUUCUUUGGCUCAAAGGAGUUGUAUUUAGCGUCACAACUGUUGACCUGAAAAGGAAGCCUGCAGACCUGCAGAACUUGGCUCCUGGGACACACCCACCAUUUAUAACUUUCAACAGUGAAGUCAAAACGGAUGUAAAUAAGAUUGAGGAAUUUCUUGAAGAAGUCUUGUGUCCUCCCAAGUACUUAAAGCUUUCACCAAAACACCCAGAAUCAAAUACUGCUGGAAUGGACAUCUUUGCCAAAUUCUCUGCGUAUAUCAAGAAUUCAAGGCCAGAGGCUAAUGAAGCGCUGGAGAGGGGACUCUUGAAAACACUGCAGAAACUGGACGAGUAUCUGAAUUCUCCCCUCCCUGAUGAAAUUGACGAGAACAGCAUGGAGGACAUUAAGUUUUCUACGCGUAAAUUCCUGGAUGGCAAUGAAAUGACACUGGCUGAUUGCAACCUGCUGCCCAAACUGCACAUCGUCAAGGUGGUGGCCAAAAAAUAUCGCAACUUUGAUAUCCCAAAAGGAAUGACUGGCAUCUGGAGAUACCUAACUAAUGCCUACAGUCGGGAUGAGUUCACCAAUACCUGUCCCAGUGAUAAGGAGGUUGAAAUAGCUUACAGUGAUGUUGCCAAAAGACUUACCAAAUAAAAUAGCACUUACCAGA